GAAGGCGGAACUUCCGGCAGCACAGGUUGGACACGGAGUAGAAGACUUCAGCUCCCUAAAAUCGGAAGAAAGCCGUGAAGAACAUCGAGUUACGGCUUGUCAAAUAAUUGUGAUGAUUCUCACUAAUGGAAGACAUCAACCUACGUUAUCGCUUUUUGAACUGGAGAAGGCGAAUACGGGAAAUUCGUGAUGUGCGAGCAGUGCGAUACAGGGAGCGCCUGAAAAGGAUGCUGAGGGAUGGGGAUGUACUCAGGUACCACGGGAACUCAGAUGAAGUUGGCUGUUUUGUGGCGGCCAGGCCGUUGUCGAGGAGAAGUCGCUAUUUUGAAGUGACCAUCAUCGAUACAGGCGUGAGGGGAAUGAUCGCUGUGGGUUUAGUGCCUCAGCUCUACAAGUUGGACCAUCAGCCGGGCUGGCUCCCGAAUUCUGUGGCUUUGCAUGCAGAUGAUGGCAAGCUGUAUAACGGCAACACGGUUGGACAACAGUUUGGUCCCAAAUGCAGCCGAGGGGACAGAAUCGGCUGUGGAAUAUCCUUAGAAUCUGAUGAUGGACAGCUGACUGUGUUUUUCACCAAGAAUGGUAAAGAAGUGGGCAGUCUUGACGUGGCAGCGUCUGAAGCGCUCUACCCUGCAGUGGGCAUGCACUCGCUGGGGGAGGAAGUGCUGCUGGACCUGCAUGCUGAAUGGGCCAUGGAGGAGGAGGACGGACUGAUGAUAGUGGACAGCCAUGAAGACGACUGGGGCCGCCUCCAUGACAUUCGAGUGUCUGGCACACUGCUGGAGUACGUGGGGAAAGGAAAGCGCAUCGUGGACGUGGGCUUGGCUCAGGCGCUCCGCCCGCUCAACACGCGCUUCCACUACUACGAGUUGGAGAUCGCCGACGCCGGGGAGAAGUGCUACAUUGCCCUGGGCCUGGCGCGCAAGGAUUAUCCGAAAAACCGACAUCCAGGUUGGAGCAGAGGGUCCAUCGCUUAUCAUGCUGACGACGGCAAGUUGUUCCAGGGCAGCGGCGUCGGGGACGCCUUUGGACCGCGCUGCUUUGCGGGAGACAUCAUGGGCUGCGGGAUCAUGUUUCCACGCGACUUCAGCCACCAGGGUGGAGAUGACGACGGAUGGGAUCUGGAGGUGUUUCCACAGCCCAGUGACGUUCAGAACGACUUGUAUGCAAGCGACGAUGACGACGACGAUGAAGGUGCAGACUUGGAGGGAUCUAAGGUCACGGUGUUCUUCACCCGGAAUGGAAAGGUGGUGGGCCGCAGGGAGGUGGCCUUACCUGCAGGAGGUUUCUACCCCACCAUUGGCAUGAUGAGCACCGGGGAAAAAGUUAGAGUGGACCUGCACCCUCUUAGUGGAUGAAGACUCCAGGCAACAUUACCUCAUCAUUAACGGGCUGCUGCAACAUGCUAGCAGCGUGUUUGACGUGUUUGUGCCUCAAAAAAAUCAUAAUGUGGCCUUUUUGUACUUAAAAAAAAAGAAGCAGAGCAAAGUAGGUUUAUUCAUGUUAUGAGAAAUAAUUUAGCCACGCUGUACAACCGCAUGUCCAAUGACUGCUGUGUUGCUGACACCUAGCGGUCGGAUGCGGUAGUGCAGUCGUUUUUUAGUAUCCUAUUUCCCCUCCCCCAGUCCGUCUUUAUAAUUCUUGGUAAGUAAAUAAAAAUAAUUAAAUGCCAAGAAUUUGGAAGGCAUACUAAAUAAUUUUUUUUAAAGUUGUCAGCAGCCUGUUGAAAACAAAAAGGGAAUACAUGAAAUCAUUUUAAUAUGAAUCAAUUCAUGACCAAAACAAUUCAUUUCGAGUUCUUGACAAUGAAGCCAUAAACAACUUUUACCGAUCUCAGGAAUAUUUACUUGUCAAAAAUGAUUUAUUUAUUCUAGACGCACGUCCUUUGCUUGUUUUGUUUUUUGUUUUUUUGGGGUCUUGGAUCAAUUUUUUGGUGCCUAAUCAAUAGUUUAAUAUUAGUUACGGAUUUAAUUUAAUUUUAGGUUUCAGGCCUUAAUUCUAUUCCUCUGCAGGCACAGAAAGGCGGCUCUGGGUUCAAAUGUCACAUUUUUGUGGUGGCCCACAGUCCAAAAAUGUACAUGUUAGCUUCACUGAACACCAUAUCUCUAUGCUGGGGUAGGUUCCAGCGUCUCUAUGAGCCAGAACAGGGUAAGGCAAGGAGUGUCCAAACUGCUGAUUUUGGCCCACAGUUUGUUUUUAUUGACCCUGGCAUUUCAAAAAAAUGCCAUUAAUAAUUCAUUUUCUAUCCCGCUUGUCCUUACUAGGGUGAAUGCUGGAGCCUAUCCCAGCUGACUUUGGGCAAGAGGCGGGAUACACCCUUAACUGGUCGCCAGCCAAUCACGGCACAUAUACUGUACACAACCAUUCACACUCACAUUCAUACCUAUGGACACUUAGACUCUCCAAUUAAUCUAACAUGCAUGUUCUUGGAAUGUGGGGGGAAGCCGGAGUACCGCAGGAGCAAACCGCAAUUGAUAAUUAAUGAGAUAUGUUAUUAGAUAUGACACUAAUUUACCUUGUUGCCUAUAACACAAAGCUAAGAUGAUGUGUUCACAUAGUUGAGCAUAUCUUGACCUACAUUGCAUUGUUUUUUGCAUCCUUAAGGCAGAAAAUGUAGAAAAAAAUGUAAUGAUUGAAUGUAUGGAUGCUGUCAUGGGAUUACCAGCUUUAACUUUGGCGAUUGAAGGCUGCUUUUUCACAACAAUACUUUAACUGUACAAUGCCAAUCAUUGACCAAAGUGCCUGUGUGAACACGCACUGUCCUCACACGUGUGUGUACUGUAAUGCGUUUAGCACAAUGCUGUAUAAAAAUGUCUUUUGUGCCCUUCUGCACUUUCAAUUCAUGUGUGAUGGCUUUAAAAUCCUCCUCAAGCAAUGUUGUCCAUUGCUAUGCCUCAGAUUUGAUGCAAGCAUGCCAAAAACAAUGUCGGAUAUAAAUAUGACAUUUUAUUUCACCAGAAUGUGUGUCUGUUCUUGUACAAUAAUGGUAAACUGUAUGAUACUUGUAUAUUUUGGUUUUUGAAGUCUUAACUCAGAUAUGCACAACAG